AUGGCGAACAGGACAGAUCCGUUGGCGAAGAACAUUAGAGGGACGAACCCUCAGAAUCUGGUGGAGAAGAUUGUGCGGACGAAAAUCUACCAGCAUACAUUCUGGAAAGAGCAGUGCUUUGGCCUCACGGCGGAGACGCUCGUCGACAAGGCUAUGGAGCUCGACCACGUCGGCGGAACCUUUGGUGGUAACCGCAAGCCCACUCCGUUCCUUUGCCUUAUAUUGAAGAUGCUCCAAAUCCAGCCUGAGAAAGACAUUGUCGUCGAGUUCAUCAAAAACGACGAUUACAAAUAUGUUCGUAUUCUUGGAGCUUUCUAUCUCCGACUCACUGGGACUGAUGCUGAUGUGUAUCGCUACCUUGAACCUCUUUACAAUGACUACAGAAAAGUGAGGCAAAAGCUAUCUGAUGGGAAGUUUUCGUUGACGCAUGUGGACGAAGUCAUUGAGGAGCUUUUAACCAAGGAUUAUUCUUGUGAUAUUGCAAUGCCUCGCUUGAAGAAAAGGUGGACGCUUGAGCAGAAUGGGCUGUUAGAGGCAAGGAAGAGCGUUUUGGAAGACGACUUUGAAGAAGAGGAAGAAAAGGAGGAGAUUGAGGGGGUUGCUGCUGAUGGAUCCGAAGAUGAGAAGGACUAUAGCCGCAAGAGCCCUGAAAGAGAAAGAGACAGAGAUAGGGAUAGAAGACGCGACAGUCAUAGGCACAGGGAUCGUGAUUACGAUAUGGAUCGAGACUAUGAGAGAGACUACGAUAGAGAACGUGGGCGUGGUGGUCGAGACCGGGAUAGGGAGAGAGACUACAGAGACAGGGAUAGGGAGAGGGAACGAGGGAGAGAUAGAGAGCGAGACAGACGAGACAGGGCAAGGCGUAGAAGUAGAAGCAGAAGCAGAAGUAGGGAUCGUAAGAGACACGAGAGUGAUGAUGUCAGGGAUCGGGAGGAACCGAAGAGAAAGAAGGAGAAGAAGGAGAAGAUAAGGGAAGAUGGAACGAAUCAUCCAGAUCCUGAAAUUGCAGAAGCUAAUAAACUGAGACUAUCUCUGGGAUUGAAACCUUUGAAAUAA